AUGGCGGCAGGAGGAGUUGAAGUUUCCCGAAGUUAUGUUGCCGUUGAUCGUGCUCGUGAUUUUUACUCACGUCAGGGUGGUAGAGACGGUGAUAGGCGUCAAACCAGACGACCCAACGAGCCAGAUCGCAGGUGGAAGGAUGGUAGACGUGAUUCACCAAGGGGACCACGUUUGGCUUCACAAAGAGGAGAAACCCGAGAGGAAGAAGGUGCUCAGAGACACCCUGAGAAGAGGAGGAAGUGUUCUCCUGUCGCAUUGGAGAGAGAAGGUAAAGUUGUUCGAGCUCCACUUAGUGAGAAGACCAUAAUUCCCAACCAGAUUGUUGAUGUGGCUGCUUCCAGGAAGAUUUCUUCUGAGGAUCAGGUCCGUGUUCUGUCACCAAUUUCAGUGCCGCCUGUAAAAGCUCAAUCUUUUGGCCAACAUCCUUUUGAUGAUCUUGAGGAGGGCCAGUUGGAGGAUGAGCAGGUGGUUCAGGCACCGAAUAUUGCUACUUCUAAAUGGGCGACUUGUUUGGAAUCCCCAAAGGAGGAGGAUUUAAUAACUGAUGUUGUCAGGAUUAGCAGAUGGACUAGGAGCAGUUUGUCUCCUGAGAGUGGGGAAUUGCAAGUUGAGGCGUCUGAAGAACGACAGUCCAAUUCAUCUGGACGUCGCAGCAGCGUAGAAUUCCUUCGUGCUCAUGAACAUUCAGAGCAUGAGUUGGAGGGCCGUAUUGAUAUGGAUGUUGGUGAAGCAGAGUGUUCUACUUCUGAUUUUAAUGACUCAGAAGUUGAUGAAGCAGCUUCCUCGGAGGGAGGCUUGAGCAUGCUAUCUGGUAGCAGAGAUGUAAACGAAUAUCAGAAGCUAAGUAAGAUUAAUGAAGGCACUUAUGGGGUUGUCUACAAAGCCAAGGACAGGAAAACCGAGGAGAUUGUGGCACUCAAAAUGAUCAAGAUGAACAUGGAAGAUGAAUAUGGAUUCCCGUUGACAUCUUUGAGAGAAAUUAACAUCCUUUUGUCUUGCAAUCACCCUUCGAUUGUGAACGUCAAGGAAGUUGUGGUGGGAAACGGUGGUAGUGUUUUUAUGGUCAUGGAACACUUAGAACAUGACUUAAGGGCCGUAAUGGAUAGGAUGAAACAGCCUUUUAGCACCAGUGAGGUAAAAUGCCUGAUGAUACAGCUGUUGGAGGGUGUGAAAUACCUUCAUAGCAACUGGAUUAUCCACAGGGAUUUAAAGCCAUCGAAUCUUCUAUUGAACAACAGUGGGGAGUUGAAGAUAUGUGAUUUUGGAAUGGCUCGCCAAUAUGGGAGUCCUAUCAAGCCCUACACCCAGUUAGUUGUUACACAGUGGUACAGGUCCCCAGAACUUCUUCUAGGAAUAAAGGAGUAUUCUACCGCAGUUGAUAUGUGGUCAAUUGGGUGCAUUAUGGCUGAAUUGUUGUCUUUAAAACCUCUUUUCAGAGGGAAAAGUCAGAAUGACAUUGAUCAGCUUCAACAGAUCUUUGCGGUUCUCGGAACACCAAGUGAGACAAUCUGGCCUGGAUUUACGUCGCUGCCGGGUGCAAAAGCCAAGUUUCGUAAGCAACCGUACAAUUUACUGCGUAAGAAAUUUCCUGCUGCAUCUUUUACAGGAGCUCCAGUUCUUUCAGAUUUGGGAUUUGAUUUGUUGAACAGAUUACUGAAUUUUGACCCUGAGAAGCGCCUUACAGUUGACGAGGCUCUUAGCCAUGGCUGGUUCAAUGAAGUACCUCUCCAGAAAUCCAAAGAGUUCAUGCCGACAUUUCUUCCAAAGCGUUACUGA